CAGAAAGUAUCACUGUUCUGCGCGAUGGCAAACGAACCCAAAAGCAAUGAAGCAGUGAUUGUGCAAUCAGAAUCCAUGCAAACAGAAAGUGAACCAACUGUACCUCUUUCGCACCUUGACGAAGAUGAUCCAGACGAAGAGUAUAGCAUGAAUCACGAGAAACGAGGUAUUGCCAUCGUUAUAAACCAAGAACGUUUUAACGACGACAAAAAUCCUACCAGACAUGGCACUAAUAAGGAUCGAGACGAUGUCUGUGCGGUUCUAGAAAAACUGCAGUUUAAAGAGGAGAACGUUUACGUUUUGAACGAUUUCACAAAGCUGCAAUUGUUUAAAAAAUUGGAUGAAAUUUCUAAACUAGACCACACAAACCAUGAUUGCCUUGUGGUUGUAGUGAUGACACACGGUUAUCCAGAUAAACUGUGCGCUAAAGACGGGGCCUAUGAUAUUGAUAAACUAUGGAACAAGUUUACCGGAGAUUCUUGUAAAACGCUUGAUGGAAAGCCGAAACUCUUCUUUAUUCAAGCAUGUCGUGGUAAAAAAUUUGACGAUGGUGUAAAAAUUGUUGAGGAUACAGUUGAUGCCACCGUAAAGCAGCCCGCUUCUUACUUUACUUUUCUUCCUACUGAACCUGACAUUCUGGUCAUGUUUUCGACGUACGAUGGGCACUAUUCGUGGCGCAAUCCAGCCAAUGGUUCCUGGUUUAUACAAUCGCUUUGCGCUAUGCUUAACUCUCACGGCCAAGACAAGGAACUGUUGCGAAUACUUACUGCCGUAUCAGAGAACGUAGCGUACAAUUACAUAUCGCAUGUGGAAGACCCGUCGAUGGAGGAGUUCAAUGAAAAGAAGCAGAUGCCAACCAUCAUUUCUAUGCUUACGAAGGCAGUUUACUUUCGACCGAAAUAA